GCAGAGACGGCGCUGCACAAUAGGAUCCACGGAAGCGCGGACGCGUUAGCCAGCGGCGGCGACGUCAACCAAGCCCAAGAUGCCUCGACCCGCAUUCACAUCGAAACUCUUGUUGCCCCAACGGCUCAAGCAGAACAACAGCACCACCUCCGUCAACAGCAUACCCACCAGCCGCCAAGGCAGCCCGAAGAGAAACAUGAGCGAUGUCAAGCCAGGCCUCGUGCUGCGGGCAAACGUAAUCAAGGGCAGGAAUCUAGCUGCAAAGGACAGGAGUGGCACCUCCGACCCUUACCUCGUCGUCUCCCUCGGCGAUGCAAAAGAAGCCACCCCGACCAUCAAUAAGACCCUGAACCCCGAAUGGAACACAACGCUCGAGAUGCCCAUCUUGGGCGAGCAGAGUCUCCUGCUCGAGGCUACCUGCUGGGACAAGGACCGCUUUGGCAAGGACUACAUGGGCGACUUUGACGUCAUACUCGAGGAUGUCUUCCAGCAUGGCCACCCUGUCGCCGAACCGCAGUGGUUUCCACUCGAAUCGCGCCGCACAGGGAAGAAGAAGUCGCACGUCUCUGGCGAGAUCCAGAUCCAAUUCACCCUCAUCGACACGAGCAACCCUACAGCUGUCCCUGAACAGAUUAUGCAGAAGUUCUUCGCCAUUGCCGGCCAGACACCUAGCCCGGAUGAGUCUGAUGAGAAUGGCCUGCUGCGCGCCGACAGCGCAGGUACCGACCUCGACGACGACGAUGAGAGCGAGAGCUCCAACGAAGCAAACGACGAAUCGAAGAAGGCAGCGAAGAGGGAGAAGCGCCGCAAGAAGCUUAGAAUGGCACGACUCAAGAGGAAGGCCAAGCAGAUCAGUGGCUACGAAUACUCAGAUAAGUCGGAAGUUGCAGGCGUCCUAUUCCUGGAAGUGCAGAACAUCACAGAUCUACCUCCCGAGAAGAAUGUCACACGGACAUCGUUCGACAUGGAUCCAUUUGUUGUGACGUCCUUGGGUAAGAAGACAUAUCGCACGAAGACCGUCAGACACGACCUGAACCCGGUUUAUGAGGAGAAGCUCGUUUUCCAGGUCCUACGUCAUGAAGUCAACUACUCUGUGAACUUCACAGUUGUCGACAAGGACAAGUUCUCUGGAAACGACUAUGUCGGCAUGGUCAACUUCCCUCUCGAGAAGGCUGUCUCUGUCGCACCUGAAGCUGAUCCCGACACUGGUCUUUACAAGCUGCCUGAACCGUCAGAUUCACCGGGUCUCCCUGACACUGGUCGAAGGUCUCGUUUUCGUCUCCCUGUCUCCCGCUCGUCAUCCUCGCAUAGUCUCUCUCGCCUAGGCAGGCCAUCCCUGAAGAAGGAGCACUCUGCUGGCUCACUCUCGGCUAGAGAGUCAAACGGGUCAUUGCCACUUCCACCGACAAGUGCACCCGCCGUGGACAGCAAUGGAAACCUUGCACCUGUGCCUGCUAUCAACGUUGACCCAUCCACUGUGGACGACCAAGACCUGAAGACCUACAUUUUGCCACUUGAGAUGAAGAAUAAGGAGCGAUGGGAGGCGAAGCACAGCCCAACGCUUUACAUCCGCGCCAAGUACCUUCCGUACAGAGCUCUGCGACAACAAUUCUGGAGAGCCAUGCUUAAGCAGUACGACGCCGACGAAAGUGGUCUGAUCGACAAGAUCGAGUUGACAACCAUGCUCGAUACACUUGGUUCCACUCUGCAUGCCUCGACUAUCGACAGCUUCUUCAGUCGAUUUAUGGCCGAUCACAACGGCGAUGAGCUGCUCACCUUCGAUGAGGCUGUCAUCUGUCUGGAAGAUCAAUUGCAGAAGAUCGAGCAGAAGGAGGCUCAGAAGAGCGGAAACGCAAGCUUGUUUACUCCGGGCACGGAAACACCAUCAUUGGCAUCCGGACAACUGACCCCAAUCAACAAGAACGCCUCGAGGACAUCGAUCCCCGUGCUUGAGACCAAUCAGUUGGGCGCAGACGGCGAGGAGGGCGAUUUCCUCGCCGACGAUCUUACCGAUGAGACUGGCGAAGAGCACGUCAUUGAGAUUCGUGAAUGUCCUAUUUGCCAUCAGCCGAAGCUGAACAAGAGGUCUGACGCCAACAUCAUAACUCAUAUCGCGACAUGUGCUAGCCAGGACUGGAAGCAAGUCAACAACAUCGUCAUGUCGGGCUUCGUUACAUCAAGUCAAGCUCAGCGCAAGUGGUAUUCCAAAGUCAUCACCAAGAUCUCGUACGGUGGCUACAAGCUGGGUGCCAACUCUGCCAACAUUCUCGUACAAGAUCGUCUUACCGGUCAAAUCAACGAGGAACGUAUGAGCGUUUAUGUUCGCUUGGGUAUUCGUAUGCUCUACAAGGGUCUAAAAGCCAACAAUAUGGAGAAGAAGCGAAUUCGCAAACUGCUCAAGUCUCUUAGCUUCAAGCAGGGCAAGAAGUACGAUGAUCCAGCCUCUGCGAAGGAGAUCGAGCCAUUCAUUGCUUUCCAUCAGCUUGACAUGUCUGAAGUGCUUCUUCCAAUCUCGCAAUUCAAAAACUUCAACGAGUUCUUCUACCGAGCUCUGAAGCCCGGAGCACGUCCCUGCUCAGCACCAGAUGACUCGAGAGUCAUUGUCUCGCCGGCCGACUGCCGUACUGUCGUCUUCAACACACUCGAUCAGGCACAGUCCAUCUGGGUGAAGGGUCGGGAGUUCACGGUUGAACGCCUUCUGGGCGAUGCCUAUCCUCAGGACGCCGCACGCUACCACGGUGGCUCCCUUGGUAUCUUCCGACUUGCACCACAGGACUACCACCGCUUCCACAUCCCGGUCGACGGAGUGCUGGAUGAACCUAAGACUAUCGAAGGAGAGUACUACACUGUCAACCCAAUGGCUAUCCGCUCAGCUCUUGACGUAUACGGCGAGAACGUGCGCGUAAUCUGCCCUAUCGAUUCCGUCAGCCACGGACGUGUCAUGGUCAUCUGUAUUGGUGCUAUGAUGGUUGGUAGCACGGUUAUCACACGUAACAAGGGCGACCACGUCAAGCGUGCUGAGGAGUUGGGCUACUUCAAGUUUGGUGGGAGUACAUUGCUGUUGCUCUUUGAGCCUGGGCAGAUGCGAUACGACGACGACCUUGUCGACAAUUCGCGAUCUGCACUGGAGACUCUCGUCCGUGUCGGCAUGUCUAUUGGUCACAGCCCUGAGAGGCCGCCACAUAUUCCUGACAUGCGCAAGAGCAACCCAACACAAGAGGAGAAGCAGGACGCGAAGCGUCGUAUCGAGGGCAGCUUGGCACCUGAGGGCGUCACGGGACCCAUGCCCGGAGCUGGCAUGUCGUAGAGAAUAGCAUUGUUGUAGCUGCAUGUUCAACAGAUGCAAGCAGCGUGUCUGGAUAGGAUACACGAGUGGAUGAUUGCAUAUGGAACGGUGGCUGUCGGAGGCUGCUUUGUCCGCGGCGUUUUAUGGCGGCUUCAUCAUCAAGCCUGAAUAAAGAGGCAUUUCAACAUACACAAUACACACCUUUACCUGU